AGUCGAAAUGUUUGCUUUGAAACAGAAUCUACUGCCUGUAUCCAGCUUCUGCUGGUGUAUCUGUCUUUGGCUGUCUCUGGUAUCCGCGCAGGAGCAGAAUUCGAGUGCUGUCAUUCAGACAGCGGACUCCUGGACACCGCUAAAGCCUCCACAGAAACGUCAGGCCAGUGUCCCUCUGAAGACUGCAGUCUCUUCAGCAGCAGCAAAGAGUUACGAUCCACCCCCGGAGUUUUAUCGAGGACCAGGAUCGAUCCCAAAGUUGGACAACACUGCAGCUGGAUUUAUAUCCAAGCCGAUUGGAGCGAUUCCCCUUGGAGGCACACCCAAGAUUGGUGGCUUUAAAGACAAUCUCAGUGAGGCCUACGAUAAGUGGCGCCAAGGAGGUCGUCCCCUUCAGGAUCGAAUUAGCGUGGGUCACUACGGAAGCAGUGGAAGCGGAUCAGGAGGCAAAAGCUAUGCCUAUGAAGGUCAUCCCUAUCCAUAUGACUACGGACCAGGACCCGCACACGGAUACGAACAGGGACCAGUCCCCAGUCACGAAUACGGAUCUAGUGUCGAAGUAGGAGGGCCGCCAUACCAAGUCUACAGGCCUCGGCCCGAGCAGGGCCAUUAUGCCGGACCUGGUAUAGAAUACACCUACAGCUCGUAUCCAAUCGACUCUCACGAGAUCGUAUCGCACAAAGGAUCACCAGAAAUCUCCCCUAAAGCUCUGCUGGCCAAGAGCUUCCUCAUUCCUCUGGCCAGUGCAACAGUUUUGGGCAUAGCAGCAGCCCUGAUAAACAAUCCCCUGCUUUUGCAACUAGCCCCAGUUCCAGGCCUGGGAGUCGGAGUGGGAGUCGGCCCACCCGUUGUGGGCAGGCGGAAGAGACGAAGACGUGCUCUUCGACUAUAGGAACGUUCCUUUACCCUUAAAUUAUAUUUUUCCUAUUCUUUGCCCCUUUAAAAGAGCAGUCCCAAUCGUGCAUUAAAAAAUGGAUACAAACUAGAAAGCAAAAUGAAAAACGUUUUAAAACCAGGAAUGAGCAUUUUAGACUUCCAAAUCAAAUUUACUGGACAUAAAUAGCUCAGAAAAUAUAUCUACAGACGCUCCGAUUAUUCGACCAAUUUGACCAAUUAGAUGUAGAUCACAUUUUUAUAUAAAUAGUUAUUUCCGAUUAAUGAAUAAAUAUUUU